AAUUAUCAGUAGCAAUCAAUCAUUAUGAUAUAGUAAUUCAGUAACAUUUCGUACAGUUACAACUACAGACAUGUUUAUAUAUUUAUUUAUUUUAAUUUUUAUUACGAACAUUUUAUGUGAAGAUACAGUAGAAGAAUUUAGAAUUGUGGAAUUGCCUGAAGGCUAUGUCCGCGGUGAAAAGUACUGGAAUGGGGACAUAUAUGAAUUCUUUGGUGUGCCUUACGCGACCGCGCCAAAAGGACAAGACAGAUUCAAGCCCCCUCUUCCAGUAACACCAAGAAAAGAAAUUCUAAAAGCCGACAAGCAGGCAAUAAUGUGCUAUCAAACAUUUUAUACUGGUGAAGAAGAAGAGGAGAAGAUCCUCAAUGGAGAAGAAGAUUGCCUAGUAUCAAAUAUUUUAGUACCUCUUAUUGCUAACGAAACCAAUCUAGUGCCAGUAAUUGUUUAUAUACACAGCGGAGCAUUCUCCGGAGGUAGUGCUAAUAUGGGUAGACUUCACUAUCUAGCAAGGCUAGGCGUAGUCGCCAUCAAUUUCAACUACAGAGUUGGAGCCUUAGGAUUUGCUUGUUUAGGCACAGAAGAAAUCCCCGGAAAUGCUGGUCUAAAAGAUCAAUUGGCUGCAUUAAAAUGGAUCAAAAAUAACAUUGCUAAAUUUGGUGGUGAUCCCAAACGAAUCACGCUCGCCGGAUACAGUGUAGGUGCAACUAUGGCAGAAUUACACGCAAUAUCAAAACACACGGACGGACUAUUCGAUAAACUAAUUUUGGAUAGUGGAUCAGCAUUAGCUCCGUUUGCGAUCAACAGACACCCAAUAACUACAGCUAAGAAUAUAGCUUUGUCCCUCGGCUAUAAUGGAACAAACGUUAAAGAAUUGACAGAGUUCUAUUUAAAAGCCUCUGAGCUAGAUUUAGCAGUUAAAAGUUUAAAUUUCUUCAUGCCCAAUAGCACUUUUGGAUUUGCGCCUUGUAUCGAAAGUAGUGAAAAUAAUCCAGAACCGUAUAUCACCGAAUCGCCACUGGAAACUUUGAAAAAGGGGGGUAUUAAGAAAUUGGCUAUCUUGUCUGGAUUCACAAACAUGGAAGGUUUGAGUAGAUCUGCUCUUUUCGGUAAAUGGAAAGAGUUAAUGAAUGAAAACUUCUCUGACUUUUUGCCCGCAGAUUUAAUAUUCAAAGAUGUUAAAACUAAAGAAGAAGUAGCUGAAGUCGUAAAGAGUUAUUAUUUUAAAGGGGACGCAAUAACCGUGGAGAGUAAACAGGAAUAUGUUGAUUAUUUUUCUGAUUCCAUGUUUAUUUAUCCAAUAUUGAAAUCACUUAGUCUUCAUGCUGCAAUCACAACAAGACCCGUCUACGUUUACGAGUUCUCUUACUUUGGACAGUUGAGUACUCCACAUAAUUUCAUGGAAACAAUCAAAGGUGUGACGCAUAGAGAUCAAGUAUCAUAUAUUUGGGAUUUCUUUGGAUUCACCAGUGACCUAAAAGACAUGGAUGUGCGAGACCGCAUGACUUAUAUGUGGACAGAUUUUGUUAAAUAUGAAGACCCUACAAUAUAUGAAAGUUCGUUAAUAAAUAUCAAAUGGAAGAUGUAUUCGAACCACCAGCCCUACUACCUUUCAAUCGAUAGUGAACUUCAAAUGAAAGAGGAUCCUUUCCCUGAAUCUUACAAGUUCUGGAAUAAUAUCUACAAAAAAUAUUACUGGAACCCGACGUAUCAAAAGGCAGACGCUGCAAAGAAAUAAAUACUUGAAUAAAUCGUACGACAGUUUUUUAAACGCGAUUUUCACUGAUUUGUAGAAAAAUACUUAGAAAUUCAACCCUUUUAGAAGCUCGACAUGAGAGUAUAAGGAUUAUAAAUACAAAAUAUAUUAAGUAUAAGAAGGAAAGUAAACGCGUUUUUUAAGUUAAUAUUGAAAUUUCUAGUCAGCUCCA